AUGGCCCAUUUGCAGCAUCACUCGCCCAAAGUCCGGCGUGACGCUCUGCAUGGGCUGCUGGAGCUGUGCCGAAACCAUCCGGGCGUCUUGAACGUGAACCUGGCGCAGAUCUUGGACUCGAUUGCGCUUUGCGCCACGGACGGCAGCCCGGACGUGCGAGCAGCGAACCGGAGCUUUCAAGGCUUUUUGCUAGAGGCAAUGCCAGGCGAGGCACUGGCGGCCUUCGGCUCCAAGCUGGCGCUGCAGGUGCGCGGAGCCUUGUCCCACGUCAGUGGCGAAGUCAGGGAAGACGGGCUGAAGCUCUUGGAGCUCUACUUGUCCCGCCUUGGCACGAAGCAAGUGCUGUCGCCCAGUGAAGCGAGCCGCCUCAUAGGGACCCUUUGCAAGCUCCACAAGCACGUCGAGUUGGUCCUGCCUUGUUUGCUGCAACUCUCCAGCCACACGGCGCCCGCGCUUGCCGGGUCGACGCCCGAUCUCCAAGUCUCCUUGCAGGAUGUCUUGGACGGGAAGCUGCAGCAAGAGCUUUGCGAGGACGGGCGUCGACUGGCAGAGCUGACUGGUCGGGACUUGUGA